AUGGCGGUCUAUUCCAACAUGAUCAUCACAAAUAUCAAGCGGCCUCACAAGCAAGACCUAGGCCAGGAAUAUCCUCUCGGCACUAGACAUAUAAAUAACCAACUCCGUCACAACAACCACCCUAUUUGGCGCGAAGGGGACUUUUGGGUCUACGAAGACAAUAACAGAUUCGCCCCUCCGAAUCACGAUAACUGCUCAUACCGAAACGGGCGUUAUUACUUCACCCUCGAAGACGGAACAGAAGAGAAGGACAUUUGGAACGAAAUAGAGAGCCAGUGGGAACUAGCACCCCAAUAUAGGGAACUAGCACCGGUAAUCCCUGAAGACUCAGAGCAAGAAGAAACAACCUCACAAUCAGACUCCGACUCAUCACCAAACCAAACACUGAUCAACACCCAAAACGAACCGCUUGCCAAAAUGUCGGGACAAGCUUCGACUUCUACAGACCCCCCUUCCAUGACGGUACAACCCGGGAGAGGAAAAGUCAAACUCCCAGACAAUUAUACAGGCAACCACAUUGAAUCCCAGAAAUUCAUGCUCCAAUGCCUCCUUCUUUUUGCAGCAGAAUCUGACCGGUACAAGACCAAUCAAGACAAGAUAUCCCUGGUGCUCUCAUGCAUGAGAUAUGGCAUGGCAGGAGCUUGGGCUGAGAACUUCCUCCUCAAAUCAGUAGGAGCGGACCCCCCCACUGAUCUAGGUACCUGGAGGGACUUCUUGAUGAAGUUCAAACUCCAAUUCAGGGAGACGGGCAAGACCGACAAAGCACGAAGCAUACUCAUGACCUUCUCCCAAGGAUGA